AUUUCUCUUGGCAACUUCUUUUACCAGCGUUGCCUACCUGCUGUUCCUACUACGCAACCCGCUACCUUCUCCCCACUACACCAACCACCCUCAAAUUUGACGAUCACCCCCUCCAAUACCGUCACCCCGUUCAGGAUGGCACGACGUCCUGCCAAAUCUGUGAAGGCCGUUCGCCCACGUAAGCCCACCCGGGCCGACCGUCCAACCCGAUCCGAAGUACAGACUAAGCCGCCAAAGAGGGCCAUAUCCUUCAGAGCACAUGUGAAGAUUGGCGUUACAAAAUUCACAUAUGACAAAAAGACCAAACGCUUCUACGUCGACUUGUCCGCACCAGACGCCACUAGCGGGGCGACAGAGGAGGAUGAAGCCGAGAACGACGUGAUCACGGAGGAUGAUACUAUUGAUUAUGAGACCGAAGACGAUGAAGUGACGAACGAUGAUACUGAUACCGACGCGUAUGAAGCGUCGGAAUCUGGCAGCUCUUCAAAUGAGGACGACAUCGCCAGCCAUGAAGAGUCAGUCUUUGAAGACGAGGAGUCUGAAAAAGAAGAGGACCAACACAUCCUGACUUCGUUCGAGCAAGACCAAAAUGCAAUGAAGGAGCUGUUCGAUUCUACGGCUAACCACGAUGAUGCAAGACUGAGGGAACUCAGUCAGGCCUUCUUCGUGGGGCGCCUGGGAAUGUCUUCAAUUCCUCCCCUGGAGACCGUAAAGGAGAUGAUCAUGAUCCAGAAAGAUGGGGUCUCAGCCUACCACUGGGCUCAGUCGGGCGCCUGGAUAGAGUUCUUGUGGGGUACAGCCCAAAUGUUGUAUGUUCAGAGCCCGGACGAUCGCUUGAACAAGAAAAAAGUGAUAUCGAGGGAUGGCUGCAUGGUCAUGUGCCAGGGCCACUAG